CAGGUAUUGUGUGUGGCGGAGAAACCCUCGAUAGCUCGAGCAAUCACAGAGAUAUUGUCUAGCAAUCAAUUUCAAACCCGACAAUCGCCAAAUAAAUAUGUCAAAAACUUUGACUUCACUUAUCGUCUUCCUCCUUCGACUCAGCAAAUCAGCUUUACCGUCACUUCGGUCUUGGGCCAUUUAACUCAGUCUGACUUCGAUGCACAUCACAAGAAAUGGUCAAAUUGUGACCCUUUCGCCUUGUUCGACGCGCCAAUCGAGCGUUUUGUCACCCCUGAGCAUAAAGGUAUCGAACGUAAUCUGCAGGCCGAAGCUCGAGGAUCCGAUCGAUUGAUGAUAUGGACAGAUUGUGAUAGAGAAGGCGAACACAUCGGUUCUGAGAUCAAGUCCGUAUGUCUGAAGGCCAACCGGAACCUUACUGUCUCUCGGGCUCGCUUCAGUGCGAUCAUCCCUGCGCAAAUUCAUAACGCUUGUAGGACUGCUGGCGAACUGGACAUGAAACAAGCCAAUGCUGUGGAAACCAGAAUGGAACUGGACCUUCGAAUUGGUGCUGCCUUGACAAGGCAACAGACGCUUGGCCUCCAACCCCGUUUUCCACAGAUCGAGACUGUCAUCAGCUAUGGCCCUUGUCAGUUUCCUACUCUAGGAUUCGUUGUCGAUCAAUAUGACAAGGUCGCAGCAUUUGUACCUGAAACUUUUUGGUAUAUCCAUGUGACCUUGGAGCGCGAAAAUGUUUCCGUCGAAUUCAAGUGGAAGCGGAACCGGCUGUUUGAUCACCAUACUGCCUUUGCACUCUAUGAGAUGUGCGCUGACGAGCCCGAAGCUACCAUUCAAAAUGUAGCGGUCAAGCCUGCCACCAAAUGGAAACCGCUACCGCUGACAACGGUCGAACUUCAAAAAACAGGUUCACGGUUGUUACACCUGACACCAAAGACAAUUUUGGAUAUCGCCGAAAAACUGUAUAUCAGAGGUCUAGUCAGCUAUCCAAGGACUGAGACCGAUCAAUUUGAUCCCGCAUUUGAUCAUCAGGCUUUGAUUGAAAAACAAAUUAAUGACGCUUCAUGGGGUGGGUUCGCAUCCAGACUAAAAAAUGAAGGUGCUUUUCAGCUGCCACGAAACGGGAAGAAGAACGACAAAGCACAUCCACCCAUUCACCCUACUGCACACGCAAAUGAUUUGGCAAGUGAUGAAAAACGGGUGUACGAGCUCAUCACGAGGCGUUACCUCGCAUGUUGUUCCAAAAAUGCUAUCGGCAAGACUACCACUAUCGACGUACUAAUUGCAGAAGAAGAGUUCACCGCGACCGGUCUCGUCAUUCUUGAGCGAAAUUAUUUGGAAGUAUAUAUCUAUGAUAAAUGGAGUGGAAAUACCUUGCCUGAUUUUCAAGUGGGUGAAAAAUUCCUGCCUAGUGUUUGUGAAUUGAAUGAAGGCACUACGACUCGUCCCAACCUAUUGACUGAGGCCGAUCUUGUCGGGCUGAUGGACAAAAAUGGAAUUGGUACCGAUGCGACCAUUGCUGAACAUAUUGCUAGAAUAAUCGAUCGUAGUUAUGUCUUCAAGUCUAGAGAAGGCAAUGUGCAAUAUUUGCUUCCAUCUACUCUAGGCAUUGGGCUGGUGGAAGGAUACAAUGCGAUCGGAUUAGACAAGUCGUUGAGUAAACCGCAGUUGAGGCGUGAGACCGAACAUCGCAUGUCACAGAUUUGCGAGGGAUCUAAAUCCAAACAUGAAGUCUUGCAUCAGACCAUUGAGGAGUAUCGCGAAGUUUUUAUGCGAUCGAAACUUGCAUUUAAUCUUAUAGCGGCGACGGUAGGAAAAUAUAUGAAUCCACCCGACGAUGCGGACGGGGAUGAUCACGAUGAUCAUGAUGGAAAUGAUGGAAAUGAGGGAGGUGGUCGCGGUGGUCGCCGCGGCCGCGGGGCUGAUAAUAAUCGACGGGGAAAUCGGAGAGGCGGGGGGGCAGGUCGGGGAGGUGCAGCCGCCGCAGGUAAUAGAAGUACUGACGACGACAGUGAAGGUGACGGCCGACCUGGGGGUGGUCGCGGUAAUGGUCGCGGCGGUACUGGAACGCGUGGUUCUAGGGCAACAACGCGAAAGACCACCACAGCUCGAGCUUCCAAAGCCAACACGGGAAAAGGUCGCGCUGAUACGGAAGAACAGGGUGAUAGCAUGGCUCGAUGGACCUCUCAAAAACCAUGUCCUCCAUAUACUAAGUAUCGUAUCCUUGCAAUUCAUGUUUUCAGCCGAGCAUGA